AACCGCAAAGGCAUGUAAGAUGUUAUCGCCCAGUUUGGAGCUUGUAUGCAAUUACAGAAAAUGCAAGCAAAACUUACGUGAAAUCGCAGUUGUUACAAUAUGUCAGCAUAUACUGUGCAUUAUUCACAGUCCUAAGCCAUUAAACGGUCAACACAUUGCUGUCUGUCCCGUCUGCGAUUGCAGGCUUGAUCGCAGUGUUAAUGACUACAUUGAGAUUGACCUCCAACCUUCCGAUAGGUUCAAGUCCCUGAUUUUGGCUGGCCAAUCUCCGGAAGUAAUAUUCGACAUAUGUUCUCGUGCUCUCAGUUUUUACAACUUCCAGCAAAUGCUGCGACUGCAAUUUUUAGAAUAUGUAGCUGCAAAAUCGGUUGAAAAAACCAAAGCAAUGGAGAAGGAGUUCAAAACCGUUCUAUCUCAAAUGAAAGAGGAAAAUAUGCUUAUUGAGCACAAGAAGGGUGCUCUCCUCCAGGAAUGCGAAGAGUUGCGUUCGAAACUGAUUGUUUCCGAUCAAAAACUCACACAGUUAGAGAAAGAAUGUCAAAGACUAAGGUUGACAGAGGGCAAAGCUUCAGUUUCGGUCAUGAAUGAAACUAAUUUGCUAAAUGUGUCUUUAAUCCAACCCCGAAAAAAUAUUGGCUCUAUUUGGGGACCGGAGCCUAAGCGAAAUAGAGUCGAUACUACUGAAUCAUCCCUGAUUGCUGAUAAUUUGGAGUCCAUGAAGUCUCACUCUAAGCAGGAUGAUAGUGUUAAUGCCAAAUUUGGAAUUAUUCAGCGAGAUCGCAAACCAUCUCCGUUUCGUUUUGUGACGACAGGCCACGGACAAGUAGAAAGACAAGUUGCGUCCGCAAACUCUUUUGUUUGCAAAAGCCCUGCAGGUUUGGAACGCUUUGGUUUCACUUAUAUUUUCAGAAUAUGGGGGCUUCAAGCUUCCGCAAUACAGAGGAUCCUUCUUCACACCAAGUUCAAGUCGUUAAAUCGCCGGUCUUUCGAUUAUUGUUUCUUUGAAAACUAUCUAGUUUUUUCAAUAUUCUCUACAUCCCCGUUUUAUACGGACUUUGUCAGAGACUUAUCGCUUGCUGUGUUUGCAUUUCCGUUACAAUGUUAA